AUGUUCAGCGUCACUUGCACCAUCGUCUCGUCUGUCCUGUGCGUCGUGAACUUCACGGUCACCGUCAUGAACUUGGAGUCUAUGCAGAGACAUCCGCAUAAAAACAAGGAUUUCUUCUUCUAUCGCUUGUCAUAUCAGCGUCUGGUUCGGUAAGUGUAAAAGUCCUCGAAACGCUCUGAUGUUUCAGUGUAUCCCAGUCCUUUCGUUUGUCGCCAUAAAAAAUGAGAUUUACCUCGACUUUCAAAUUUUUGCAACAGACAGUUUCGGUUUCGAAGGGAGAUGGCUUAACUGGGUUUUCCGAAUCUGCAGCGCGUCGAUUUACUUUAUUCUCUUCAUACAGUACUCCGUCCUCGCCAUAUACGCCGUACUCCACAUUCAAUUCAAGGCCGUUCCGGCAGUCCGCAAAACAGUGAGUUCUGUAGCAGAGGCAUUUAGAAUAUGAAAUGGACGUGCAGAAUAGGAAGGAUCGCUUGGUUCUCGCUGCAAUUAUUGUGCUCGGUGUCUCCUUCGGGGGUUGGAUCCUGCAAUGGCCGGUCCAUUUCGAGCAGAUGAUGGAUAUGCGCUCGUCAGUGUGA